AUGGGAGGAAUCUUAAAGAACGCAAUUCCAGAUGACCAGAGUCCGACUAGCGAGCCUGAAUCGAUUAGCCAGUUCAGAAAACAAGUUUUGAAGAAUACUGAGCUGAAUGCCAAGCUGACUUCCAACAGCAAAUUGACGCACCAUAACCAUGGAAUUCCAAGAGAUGUACUUUCUAUGAAGCUUGAUGAACAGCACCCGGAGACUUUAAAGUGGAAUAAGAAGAACUUAGAAGAGAACGAGAUUACAAAACAGGAGUUUGGCGAUAUUCAUAUCGACGAGCCAAAGACUCCUUAUCAAGGUGCCGUCGAUCCCGCCGGUGAGUAUUAUAGAGUCGACGACGAUGAAGACGACUUGGGAGGUUUCACGCUAGGGGCCCCUGAAGUAGAACUAAAGGACGAGAAGGAACCUGUUACUCUAUUGAAUAAUGAAAAUGCAGACAAUGAUGGGGACCAGGAUGAGGAAUCUGGUGAAGAAAAAACGGAAGAAGACGAUGCUGCUGCUAGACAUCGGAGGUUCGAGGAAAUGAGGAAAAAACAUUAUAACAUUAAAGAAGCAUUGAAGGACAGAAAGAACCUUCCGGAUGACGAGGACGAAGAUGAAGAGUGA